AUGAGAAAUCAUACAGCAAUAACAACAUUCAUCCUGCUGGGAUUGACAGAUGAUCCAAAACUACAAGUUCUAAUUUUCAUAUUUUUGUUUCUCACUUACAUGUUGAGUGUGGCUGGGAACCUCACCAUUAUCACACUCACACUUUUGGAUUCUCAUCUUAAAACUCCCAUGUAUUUUUUCCUCCGAAAUUUCUCUUUCCUGGAAGUCUCAUUCACCACUGUUUGUAUUCCCAGAUUCCUAUUCCUGUACAGCAUGACAACUGGCGACAACACUGUUACUUACAAUGCUUGUUUCACCCAGGUAUUUUUUGUUGUCCUCUUUGGAGCAACAGAAUUUUUUCUCCUAGCUGCCAUGUCCUAUGACUGCUAUGUGGCCAUCUGUAAGCCCCUACACUACACAACCAUCAUGAGCAACAGAGUAUGUACUAUACUUGUCCUCAGCUGUUGGUUUUCUGGCCUGCUGAUCAUCCUCCCCCCUGGCUUAGGCCUCCAGCUACAAUUCUGUGACUCAAAUGAGAUUGAUCACUUUGGCUGUGAUGCAUCUCCCCUUCUACAGAUAACCUGCUCAGACACAGUGUUUUUAGAGAAAAUAGUCUUGACUUCUGCCAUACUGACACUAAGUAUUACCUUGGUGUGUGUCACUCUCUCCUACACAUACAUCAUCAAGACCAUUCUAAAAUUUCCUUCUGCCCAACAAAGGAAAAAGGCCUUUUCCACCUGCUCCUCCCACAUGAUUGUGGUUUCCAUCACCUAUGGCAGCUGCAUCUUCAUCUAUGUCAAGCCUUCAGCAAAGGAAGGAGUGGCCAUUAACAAGGUGGUGUCCAUCCUCACUACUUCAGUUGCCCCUUUGCUUAACCCUUUCAUCUAUACACUUCGAAACAAACAAGUAAAAGCAGCUUUCAAAGACACAGUAAAACGGAUUGUGUUUCUCUCAAAGAACUGA